CGCCCGGCGCGCGGCGCUCCCCGCGCAUGCGCCCUGACAGCCCGGCGAUGGCGGCGCCCGAGGAACCGCUGAGGAGGCGGAAAGUGAGGGACACGGGCCGGGAGCCUGGGUCUCCGCCGGGGUCGGGGCGCGACCCCGCGGGCUUCCCGGCCCAGCUCCGCGCGGGCACCUUCUGGCUGACUAGGAUUGUGCUCCUGAGGGCCCUCGCUUUCGUUUACUGCGUGGCGUUCUUGGUGGCUCUGCAUCAGAACAAGCAGCUGAUUGGCGACAGAGGGCUACUCCCCUGCAAAAACUACCUGAAGAGUGUGCAGCAACACUUCCAGGGGCGGAUCAGCUGGGACGCCGUGAGCUACACCCCGACUGUCCUCUGGCUGCUGGACUGGUCACACAUGGACUCCAACCUGGACGGCCUCGCGCUGCUCGGGGCCAGCAUCUCGUCCUUCAUCCUGCUCACCGGCUGCGCCAAUAUGGUGCUCAUGGCUGUGCUCUGGGUCCUCUACAUGUCCCUGGUCAACGUGGGGCAAAUCUGGUAUUCAUUUGGAUGGGAGUCCCAGCUUCUGGAAACAGGGUUCCUGGGAAUUUUCCUCUGCCCUCUUUGGACUCUGUCUCGACUGCCCAGGGAGACCCCCACGUCCCGGAUUGUUCUGUGGGGCUUUCGGUGGCUGAUUUUCAGAAUCAUGCUUGGAGCAGGCCUGAUCAAGAUCCGGGGGGACCAGUGCUGGUGGGACCUCACCUGCAUGGAUUUCCACUACGAGACACAGCCGGUGCCCAACCCCGCAGCCUACUUCCUGCACCGCUCCCCGUGGUGGGUCCACCGCUUCGAGACGCUCAGCAACCACUUCCUGGAGCUCGUGGUGCCCUUCUUCCUCUUCCUCGGGCGGCGGAUGUGCGUCCUGCAUGGCGCCCUGCAGAUCCUGUUCCAGGUGGUCCUCAUCAUCAGCGGGAACCUGAGCUUCCUGAACUGGCUGACCAUCGUGCCCAGUGUCGCCUGCUUCGAUGACGCCACCUUGGGGUUCUUAUUUCCCUCCGGGCCUGGCGGCCUCAAGGACCAGGUCCUGAAGAUGCAGAAGGAGAAAGCGCGGGGGGCCCAGCCCACGCUUAGAUACGGCCGCGUGGUGCGACAGGUGGUCAACCUGGCUCUGGGCGCCCUGGUCGCCUGGCUCAGCGUCCCCGUGGUCCUCAACCUACUGAGCUCCAAGCAAGUCAUGAAUAGCUCCUUCAACCCCCUCAGAAUCGUCAACACGUAUGGGGCCUUUGGAAGCAUCACCAGGGAGCGCACAGAGAUCAUCCUGCAGGGCACGGCCAGCCCCAAUGCCAGUGCACCAGACGCUGUGUGGGAGGACUACGAGUUCAAGUGCAAGCCGGGCGACCUGAGGAGGCGGCCGUGCCUCGUCUCCCCCUACCACCACCGCCUGGACUGGCUCAUGUGGUUCGCAGCCUUCCAGACCUACGAGCAGCACGAGUGGGUCAUCCACCUGGCAGGCAAGCUCCUGGCCAACGAUGCCGACGCCCUGUCCCUGCUGGCCCUCAACCCCUUCGCAGGCAGGGCCCCCCCAAGGUGGCUCAGGGGCGAGCACUACAGGUACAAGUUCAGUCUCCCUGGGGGCCCGCAUGCUGCUGCCGGCAGAUGGUGGAUCCGAAAGAGGCUGGGCCCCUACUUCCCUCCAAUCAGCCUCCGGGACCUCAAGGACUACUUCAGGUCACGGGAGUGGCCGUACCCAGAACCGGAAUAGCGGGGUCCAGGGCCUGUGCACUGGAAAUAAAGUGGAAAGGCCUUGGCACCCCCGUGUCUCCACUUGCGCCAAGAUGUCCAGGAAAGCAAACCCAGAAAAGAGAGGUGGGCGCUGCUGGGGGUCUCCUGGGGGCCGGGUAAGGUCCCCCAGCUUUCCUCCUCUCCCACAGUUGGUCCCCAGGCAACCCAGAAAACCCCUACCCCACCCCACACCUGGUCAUCUCCAUUGUCACCAGGCCCCCAAGACACCGGUGUCCACAGGAGCUCCCAGCUCUGGUCGGCCUGGGGCCACCAGCACCCACUGCACAGGCCUCGGCUCCCCCGUGGCCAUGGCCUGGCCCAGGCGUCCCGCUCCACAGCCAGGCCCGGGCCCCCAGCAGCCGCGUGGCAUGUGCUUGGUGUGCUUGUGAGGAAACACUCCCUGCUCUCCCCGCCUCUCCACACCCCCAGGGCUGGCUCCCCCCACGUCCACCCCUCCUCAGAGCCCUCCCUGGCUGGCCUGGGCCCUGCUUCCUUCCCCAGUGAGCAGCAUCCACAGGCAUGGACAGAAGCCCUUUGUCCCUCGCUGGGUGGGCGCCCCCAACGGGCCCUGAGACGGGUACCUCUUCCUUCUUUGUGACCACAAGCCCCCAGGCACACCAUGGAGCCUCCUGCUCCCUGCCCUGUGGCGGGGGAGCUAUCAGGGGUGGGAGCGCAGCAGAGCAGCCGGCCCGGCCUGGGUGCUAGGACGGCAGCGGUCCCCACAGUGGAGAUUCUGAGGCCCAGUUGUCAGAUGUUAAACUGGCUUCUUUUUCGCUUGACAAUCCUGGGGCCCCACUGAGAACUGGGGUGCAGCCUAAUGUGAGGUGUGAGAGAACGGGCUGGUGUCCCACCGGACAAACAGCACAGCCCCAGCCCUGCUCAGCCAGGUCGAGGGAUGCUGGGGGUUGGAGCUGGUCCCACCCAUGGGGGCAGCAGGCUGCGGGGUUCCCCCUCCUCCCCAGCCUGGCCAGCGCCGGUGGGAGUGACCGCCCACCCCUGCCGCCCCGUCCCCAGCCGUCCAGGGCGCCGGGCUGCACUGCGGAGGGUCCCAGUGGGAACAAGGUGGUUUAGGCCAGGAGGCCGGGAUGAGGUGGGCACAAGUGUGGGUCUGUGUGGAGCGCCCCCCACUGCCUGGGGGGCCAGCCCAGGUGCCAACAGAGAGGCCGUGUUCCCGCUCACAGGGAAACAGGCGUCCUGUGUCUGUGGCUGGACAGACAGGGCCUCAGACGGGGAGCCUGGAGCCAGCAAGUCUGCCCACAGCAGCCAACCGCCGGCCGCGGUGACUGGGCAGCCCUUCCCGGGGGGCUGUACUAGGGGCUGUGCCGAUGGGUGGCAGCACCGGGGGGCCCGAGGAGACCCUCACGCCCAGAACCGCAGGUGGCCUCCCUGCCAAGAACCAUGCUGUGUCCUCACACUGCCCCCCAGCCCUUCUCACCCCCCAACCCGGGCUCGCUGCCACCCGAGGCUGAGCAGGCGAGGCCCCGGGACCCAGCACCCCUGACUGUGAGCUCCUCUCUGGGCCGCCAUCCAGCCAUACCCCCCAAGCAGGGCUGGAGCCAGUAGCAGAGUGACACAGGGGGCCUCUUGGCUCAAGGGCACCUCCAGAAUCAGGCGGCCCCACACCAGUCCUGGGACAGGAUAAACAUCUGCUAACCUGGGGCCCUCACAGGUGACCCCAGGUCCAGGUUGUGAGGGCGCAGCGGCCAGAGUGAGGUUCCACUCUCUGUCUGACACAGGAGGACCCAUGAGACCUGCUCAGGCAGCCCCUCCCCUUCCAGAGGCUCGGGUGUCAGCAGCCUUCAGGCCACACCGUCCUGUCAGAGGGAGUCAGGCUGCACCCUUCCGACACUCAGAACCUCCCACUGCCCACCUCCCUGAGCAGGAACCUGAGGUCACUGCCCCUCAGCCCAGCCACACCCUGCACGUCCCUCGUCCACCAGCUGCUCAGCCUCGGGCCCCUCCCCUCAAUGCCGCCUCGUCCUGCCUUCACCAGACUCCCGGCUGCUGGAGGCCUCAGCCUGGCCCCCAGCACGGGUUUGCUGGAUAAACUGUCCACCUGAUGACAGAGAAAGGUCCAAACACGUCACAUCUGCUCUGCCUGGUCCUGCCUUCUCUCUGGCCUCAUGAGAACCUGCUGUUUCUUGAACAGCCCGAAAGCAACUUCCAGAUGAAAGCAGGGUCCAGGGAAACCAGGCAGGGGCGUUAGCUCACCUUCCCUCCAGACAGCGGAGGCACGUCCUGCCUCCCUCCUUCCUUCCCUCCCUCGCUCUCCCCGCCUGAAUCGUCCCCAAGGCCUGUAGGUGAGGGCUCUCCACCCGACGUGACAGGAAGCACGUGUCUGUCGGAAAUUGAAUGUGAACGCGCCCCAGUUGCCACAUUCAACUUGUAAAACCCGAGUCAGUCUAAGUUUCUUGAGGAGGGGCCGCAGGGGUCACCUCAGGCAGGACAGAUGCCCUGCGGUCGGGGGGACCUGACCCGGGGGCAGGGGGUGAUCAGGUUGUAGCCGAGCACCUGACCUGCCAAGGGGCUGGGAAUUAAGACGCUCCUGUUCUCCCUGGAAACCAUGGCCUGGCCCAACCAGCCCUCCCGACACCCCCACCCCUGCCUGGGGCUUCUUCCCAUGCAGAGCGCUAUGUCCAUCACACGUCUGGACACCCAGGCCCCAGCCAGGAUCCUCUCAAGCUGCAGAGCUUGUCCCUGAGGCCAUGCUACAUUCUGGAAAGUUCCUUGGCCCAGGAGGUGCCCAGGUACACACUGACACCUCUGCCCUAUCCCCCACUGCCGCCAAGAGACAUGGAAGUGACACGACUCUCCACCUGAGGGGCUGCACCAUGCUUGACCUGCAGAGUCGGGGCCCAGAGGACACAGUCAAAACAGUCUGGAUGGGGCCACCACCCGUGCCGCUGCCUGUUCCCAGGGACUUGGGACUCUAGACACCCAGGCACCGUCCAUGGGCAGUGGCCGUGCUCAGAUGACGCACUGAGCCUGGCGUUUGGCCCCAUUCAGAGUGCCAGGCUCCGCCAGGGGCCUGUCUCCAGGGAGGACUCACACCCUGCCUCCCCUUCUCGCUCCAGCCACUGGGCAAGGGACACCGCUCACAUCACACAUGAGACGGGGUGUGUUCAUUGAGCCAGAGGAGCUUUUGGCGUCUUGUCUGCUGAGAGGUUGUUCGCUCAGAUGAUGAAGGACAUUUUGGCACCUGCCAAGGCCCAGCACAUGCUCCUCUGAGCCUCACUCAGACUGGAGACAUUUCCUCCUGAGGGACAGCUCCAAAACUCAACGUAUCGGCAAAUCCACCUUAAAACUCCUAAAGGAAUCAACGACAUUGAGAAACUUUUAGCUUGACUGACAGAGGACACAAGUCAAAAAGAAGUGGGGCCAUUACUACCGGCCUCACAGAAACAAAAAGGAAUGUAACAGAGUACUAUGAGUAAUUUGUAUGCCAACAAAUUAGAUAAAAAUGGAGCAAUUCCUAGAGACACACAAACUACUAAACUCAGGAAGAAAUAGAAAUUUUGAAAGGAUCUGUAACAAGUAAAUAGAUUGAAUCAGUGAUCAAAAACCUCUCAACAGAGAAAAAGACUGGACCGGACGGCUUCAUUACAAAAUUCUAUCUACAAAGAAUUUAAAGCAUCACUAACACCAAUCCUUCCCAAACUCUUUCCAAAACUUAGAAGAGGAAGGAAACACUUCCCACUCAUCCUGUGAGACCUGUAUUACCCUGAUCAACCCAGACAAACACACCAAUAUCCUUUAUGAAUAUAGCUGCAAAAAUCCUCAACAAAAUAAUAGCAAAACAAAUCUAACAGCAUCUUAAAAGGAUUAUACACCACGACCAAGUGGGAUUUAUCCCAGGAAUGUCAGAAUGGUUCAACAUAAGAAAAUCAAUGCAAUACACCACGUUAACAGAACGUGGGGUGGGGAACCACACGACCGUCUCCUCAAUCGGUGCAGAAAAUGCAUUUGACAAAAAUCCAACACCCGUGCAUGAUAAGAAUCACUCCGAAAACUAGGACUAGAAGGGAACUUCUUUGACAUAAGAAAAAGGCAUUUAUGAAAACCCACUGCUAACAUUCUCCAUGGUGGAAGACUGACAGCUUUACCCCCAAGAUCAGGAACAAGACAAGGGUGCCCAUCUUCACCACUGUUAUUCACCAAAAGUAAGACUACCUCCAUUCACAGACGACAGGAUCCUAUAAAGUUGUGUGCUACUUACCAGCGGGGAUACUUUCUGGGAACUGAAUCUUCAGAGUCCAGGCGACGAGGGAUAGCCUGGGCUGCACUGAGGAUACAGGCCUGCACAGCCCAUUGCUCUACUGAGGAAUGAAGCUGGGCCCUUAACCUCACACCAUGUUCAAAAAUUAAAAUGGAUAAAAGACCUAAACAUAAGAGCUAACUAUUAAAACUCUUAGACAAAAAACAUAGGUAAAUUUUCAUGACCUUGGAUUUGGCAAUGGAUUCUUAGCUAUGACGUCAAAAGCAGGAGCAACGACAACAAAAAUGGACUUCAUCGAAAUUUACACCUUCUGUGGAUCUAAGGACAUUACAGUGAAAAACACAACCAACAGAAUGGGAGAAAAUAUUCGCAAGUCCUAUAUCUGAUGAGUCUAGUAUCCAGAAUAUAUAAAGCACUCUUACAACUGAGCAACAGAAAGACAAACACUCCAAGUCAAAAGGACUUGAAUAGACAUUUCUCCAAGGAAGACAUACAAAUGGCCAACACGCGCAUGAAAAGACGCUCUCCAUCCUCAGUCAUUAGGGAAACGCACAUGAAAACCCCAGUGAGGGACCACUUCGCACCCACCAGGAGGGGUACCAUCUUCUUUUAAAUGGAGAAUAACAGGAGCUGGUGAGGAGUCACACUGGGAAUGCAGAAUGCUGUAGCCAGUGUGGAAAACAGCCUGGCAGCUCCUCGAGAAGUGAAACAUGGGAUUACCAUGUGAUCCAGCAAUCCCACUCCUGAGUAUACAUCCAAAAAAUUGAGAACAGGGACUCAAGCAGAUGCUCGUAUGCCAGCGUUCACAGCAGCAUAGGCACCACAGCCAAAUGGAUAAACAGAAUGUGGUCCAUCCACACGGUGGAAUAUUAUUCAGCUACAAAAAGGAAUGAAGUAACGACACACGCUACAACAUGGAUACACCUUGGAAACAUGCUCAGUAAAAGGCGGCAGACACACGCGGUCACCUCUUACGUGAUUCCGUUCGUAUGAAAUGUCCAGAACAGGUCAAUCCAUAGAGAUGGAAAGAUCAGCGGUUGCCAGAGGCUGGGGCGGGAAGAAAUGGGAAGCAACUGCAAAUGGGCCCAGGGUUUCCCUCGGAGGCGAUGAAACACUUGGGGACCAGAGAGGGGUGGUGCUUGUACAACACUGUGAGGGACUGAGUGCUGCUGAUUUUUCACUUUUGAAUGGUUAAUUUUAUGUUACUGUCAGUUUCACCUCAAUUUUUAAAAAUAAGACAAACAAACGAACAAAACCCAACAAAUAGCCUAACCGUCCCGAGGUCCUGGACCUCCCCGUCCCAGGGGCUGGGAGGCCUCACGCUGCCAGGAUCUGUGGGACCAUCGUGGGGGCCAAGCAGAUUGAGUGCUGCAUCCCUUUCUGCUGAGAGCACAGGGACAGCCAAUACACCAGGCCGUGACUAGCCAGUGGCAUAGAAAGCAGGCAUCCACAGCCAGCGUGUGACCACAUGGUGGUCUAGGAGACACGGUAUAGAUAUGCAAUUACCAAUUAGCCAAGGAAAACGGAGCAAAUGAAAAGGCAGCCGUGCUACAUAAUGUUGGUGAUUCUUAAACGUUUUGCCAUCUGGAUGGCUUUCUGCUGAGACUGCCUGCCCCUCCCUUACCCAGACUAGUUCAGUGCCUAGCAGGCCUGGGGCACAGCUGGGGUCACGCCCCAUCUCCUGCUGUGCAGCCACCCCUGUCCACCGACUGACCUGGCUGGACGGGCAGCAGGGGCAGCAGCUGACUCGCCCGUGGGCCGGGUGGCUCACUGUUCUAGGGGUCUGUAGCUGCCCAGGUCGUUCUACACAGUCUUAUAUAUUCAGUCCUGGUACCUGGUGGUCUCAGCCCCCACGUCUCAAAACUGCUUUGACUAUCAUUGGCCCAUUUCUCAAAACAAGCUGAAGUUUAUUAUUAAUUCUAAUAGUUUGUUUGCAAAUAGUGGACAGCACUGUUUCUUUCCUCCCUACUCCCAUACCUCUUUUACUUGUCUUGGGCUGGCAUCCAGGUUGAGACUCACCAUCUCUCUCAUGAUCUCUCAUCUUUUUCCUAACCUAGAAGUUGUCCCUUUAAAA